UUUCUUUUCCGUUCAAAACAAAACUAAGAACAUACCUAAAUGAUACGGAUUAAAAUAUAAACUCAUACCAAGAAUAAUAAAGUUAUCAAUCAAGAUGAAACAGCAGAGUCAGAGCCAAACAAUGAUGCCAAAUCAGAUGUUGAUGACACCUUCUGCUUUCCCCCCUUCAAAUAUUACUACUGACCAGAUUCAAAAGUUCCUUGAUGAGAACAAGCAAUUAAUUUUAGCAAUAAUGAACAACCAAAACGUUGGAAAGCUUGCUGAAUGUGCACAAUAUCAGGCUCUGCUCCAAAAGAAUUUGAUGUAUUUAGCUGCCAUUGCCGAUGCUCAGCCACCAACACCUACGGGAGGACCUGCCAUCUCAUCUCAGCAGAUGAGCCCACUUCAACAUCCGGGAAUUGCUCAGCAAGGAGGAUUUUUCAUGCAACAGCAUCCUCAGGCAGCUGUCAUGGCUCAACAACCUUCGGGCUUUCCACAACAAAUGCCCGCUAUGCAGUUCAAUAAUAGCCCACAAGUUAUCCAACCUCAGAUGGGCGUUAGGUCUGGUGUGCCAAGUGGGGUGCCACCAAGCUCAGCCGCUAGUGAUAUCUGGAGAGGAAGUAUGCCCGAUAGUGGUGCUGCAGAUGGUGCUGGUAAGGAUAGUCAUGGUGGUGCGACUGGUGGGUCUGAAGAAGGGAAGUAAUAAAAACAGUUGAAUUGUAUGCAUGGAUGUGGAUUAGUAGGUCUCUAUUAUGGUAGAACUAGACUAGAAGCUUAAUCUGUGACCUUUAGCCAAGCUCAUGAGCAUUGAACUUAUGUAGUGUGUGUGUGUGUGUGUACUAUGUGUAUUUUAGGAAAGACCAUUCUUUCUGUUGUAGAGAAUGUAUGAAAGUAUGCGUGCUGCUUUCAUAAAUAA